UGGUUGUGCAGUGGGGGUGGUGGUCUCAGUGUGGACGCUGUUGGUUUUGUUGAAAUUGUGGAGCCGCUCACACUUUAGAAGAAGCCUUUUAGAAGAGAGAGAGAGGUGUGCGAUCGUCCACCACGUUCCACAUCGGUCGUCUCGGGCAAGGCCUGUACGGUGUAAAUAUGUGAGCGAGAGCCUGAACAAUACACGUGUGUGUGUAUAGAUGCAUACAUACAUGUAACACCGGCUCGUGGUAAUGCCAUGAGGUCGUUAUGAUCUUGUGUUUGGGACGGGGGGGGUAGGGUAGGGCCGUCUCCUUGCGUCUUGUGACGUGAAGGGUGCGUUGUUACAUUAAUGAAAUAGUGGAAUUCAGCGUGGGUUUUAUUUUUGUUUUGCAAAAAAACACAAAAAUUGGUAUCCGCCGCCGGUGAUCUGGUGGUGUUGGUGUUUUUCUCGGCUGACUGCAAGAGACAUCGGACUGCAGUUGCUGCUGCAUCGCAAAGAGAGAGCACCUGUCAAGGCCGGUCCUGCUGCUGUUGGCGGUGGUGGUGGCAGUGGUGGUGCUGGUGGUGGGGCUGUCACCUUCCACAACAACAACAUUGCUGGUGUCAACGCAACACACAAGGAGCCGCCAUGGUCAAGCACCAGCCGCUGCAGUACUACCGGCCCCAGCUCUGCCUGUCAUGCCUCGCCGGCCUGUACGGCUGCCGGUGGAAGCGCUACCAGCGCUCGCACGACGACUCCACCAAGUGGGAGAGGCUGUGGUUCCUGCUCGUCUUCCUGACCUGCGCUCUCUCCGCCAUCUGGUUCUACUUCUGGUGCCAAGCCAGCAACGACUACAACGACUUUGAGUGGUUUCUCUACUCGAAGCUCGGCUACUGGUACAGCUGGUCUGUGCCGAUGUUCGUCAUCGCCAUCGCGCUCCUCACUUACCUCGUCAUGCUGCUGGUGCUGGCGCUGUGCCACGUCUCCGUGGGCCUGCAGAUGUACAUGCACUGGACGCACAAGGUCGGCGUUUGCACGUCGCUCGUCUUCCUCGUCGCGCUGAUCGUCGCCGCGUACGAGCUGUGGCGCGACGAGUGGAGCACCUUCGUCUACUCGUUCCAGUCGACGGCGCCGUUCCUGCACAUCGGCGCGGUGGUGGGACUCACCCUCAUGGCGUGGCUCGUCGCGGGCCAGUUCGCCCGCACCGAUCGACUCGCCCUGCAGGUGUCGAUCGUGCUCGUGUACCUGGCCGCGCUGCUCACGCUCUACCUGCUGCCCCUGCUCGUGCGCUCGCCCUGCAUCGUGGAGGAGAGGGACCUCCCGGCGCGACCAAAACUCUUCGGACACCGCGGGGCGCCCAUGCUUGCCCCAGAGAACACGAUCAUGUCAUUCGAGCGAGCGACAGAAUGCAGCGAGGGACUAGAGACAGACGUGAUGCUCAGCCUGGACGGCGUUCCGUUCCUGAUGCACGACACCGACCUGCGGCGCACGACAGACGCGCUGCGCGUGUUCGGGGAGCCGCGUGCCUCGGCGCACCCCUCCCGCUUCAACAUGUCGGAGCUGCGCUCGCUCAACGCGGGCUCCUGGUUCCUGCGCAGCGACCCCUUCGGCACCGCGGCGUCGCUGUCGCCCGACGACCGCGCCCUCGCCAGCAACCAGAGCGUCGGCGAGCUGUCCGAGGUGCUGCACUUGGCAGCGCAGCGCAACCAGUCGGUGAUCUUUGACCUGCGCCGGCCGCCCUGGGACCACCCGUACGCGGACACGUGGCUCGAGACGACGGUGCAGGCCGUGCUGGCGUCGCGCAUCCCCCACCGCCUGAUGAUGUGGCUUCCGGACGAGAAACGGGACCUGGUGGCCUUCGACCUGGCGCCCGGGUUCCGCCAGACGACGGGCGUCAAGAAGGAGCUGAGCUACCUCCACGCCCACCGGAUCGUGACCCUCAACCUCCACUACAGUGGCAUCAGCCAGCCAGAAAUCAGCAACUACUCGGAGCACAACGUGACGACGAACUUGUACGUCGUGAACUCUGCGUGGAUCUACUCGAUGGCGUGGUGCGCGGGCGCCCGCUCCGUCACCACCAACGACUGCGGUUCGCUGGCGCGCCUGCCCCAGCCCGUGUGGCGCUUGAAUCCUGGGGACUACAGGCUCAUGUGGAUCACGACCGACGUCAUCUCAGCCACGCUGGUCAUAGCCAUAUUCAUCGUGCAGAGCUAUCAUUUGAUAAGGUGGAGGCUGGGCUCCAUGACGGUGUACAACCCCGAGCAGAUCAUGCUGAGCACGUCCGUGCGCAAGAACAGCCGCGACGUCAAGACAAUGAAGGAGAAGCUCAUCUUCACCGAAGUUGAGAACGGGGUCAUGAAAUCGGACGCGUGCUCCCUGUCAUCGGACAGCCCCACCGAGGAGGCGUCCAGCCAGCCCUGCAGUCCGCCCCCCGCGCAGCACGCGGACAGCUCUCCGACGGGAGUUAAGGUCGAGCCGGACCGCCUCGCCGCUCGCGCGAGCGACGGGGCGGCAGUGGCAGUGGCGGCUGCGCCGGCGGCGGCGGCCGUCGUCGUCUCCGCCGGCAGUGCUGGAAACUCCACAUUCCUAUGACGGGAGCCGGCCUCUCCACAAGUCCGGCCACUGUUGAAUUCCUGCAAAAAGUGGUGAUGGUGGCGGUGUUUGGUGGUGGUGGUGGUGGUGCUCGGUCUAGCUGCGCCCCCCCCCAUGAGUUGUGAACCCCCCCUCUCCCCCUCCUUACCCCCGCCACCAACCAGAUCGGGAUUUGAAAUGCGCGACCGUCUGAUUGGAAUUCCAGGGCUCGAAGCCACUCCGCCCCCCCCGCCCCCCGGAUGGUUCACGGGGACGUGGGUGAAUCUGCGCGAGGGUGUUUCACGUGUCGCGUGUCUGGACGCGUGUCUGGAGGUUGGUGUUGGUGCAGGAUCCGAGAAAACCAGCAAAUGCCAAUCUGAAAAACCCAAGAGGCGUGCAAAAAAUAUAUAUAUAUAUAAACGGCGUGACGCGCGCGACUUCGAGACCUUGCGAAGUGAUUUGAAGUGUGCGUGGCGUCAAAUCGAUCCAUUAACCCGAAAUAUAUUUAAAAUAAUAAGUUUACGGCGGCGAUUUAAACGUUUACGCGCCAAUAUCGAGCGCGGUGAAGAGCGAGGCGAGAGAGGGGGGGAAUAUCCACCCCACGGCCCUCUGUGAGCGUGAAUUACUCACGGAGCGACACGUGCUAAAAUUAAGUUCCGGUGGAGUGUUUCGUGGAGGAUGUGGCACGAGUUGCGGCCGUAAGUCGGCUGCGUCGUGAGCUUGAGCUUAAACAGUCGCACGGCGCGUUUGCCGAGCAAACAAACUAAUACUUCCGUGAAAUAAGAUUCUGAUUGUAAGAGCGUCGAAGGGCGGAGGGGGGGGGGAGCAAGCGUCGGUAAACCCCUCCUCGAGAGAGCGGCCGUCUGUUAUGCGUGGUGAAAUAUAUCAUGUAGUUUCGACACUAACUAGUCAAGAAAAACAAUUACAACGUAGCAUUGUGUGUGUAAAUUAUAUAAAAAUGGGGUGAAGAAAAUGUAAAAAAAAAACGUAAGUUAAAAGUGUAAGAAGUGAGAGGCUUGUUUAAAUAAAUUAAACGUUUUAGGGUAGCCGCGGAAACACUUGAUAACCCAUGGUUUGUUUUAAAAUCGCUCACCUGGAGAGGCCCUUGAUUGAAACACGUGUGACAAUCAUCUCUCGGGGGGGCCGUUAAAUUGGGUACCGCUUCGAUGGACGGAAUGGGGGCGCUGCUGCAGUGCUGCGUUUCACAAGAAGAGCCAACGCUGCAAUGGACGCUGAGGCCCUGUCGGUUAUCACAGUUGUUUUCCCAGAAAGUUUCCUCCUUAAUUUAACAAAAAUAAAAUCUCGCAUAGUUUUGUACAUAUAUCACCCCCCGCCCCGCCGCCCCCGCUCUUCAACCCCGCAAAAGUCGGCGUGUACUUCCGAAAUCAAAAAACGAGCAAACAAAAUGACAGGUUACCGAUGCGUAGCAGCAUUGGCGAUCGUGCGUUGAAGCGCGGGCGACUUUUGACAGUUAUCGUGAUCGCCUCCCCCCCGCUCCCUCCGAGCACGCAAGGAUGACUGGAGCGAAAAGCGAAUGAGAGUUGGGAGGUUUUUAUUUUUAUUAUAAACCGAAAUAUGCAACAGCGACGGGAGCGCUGCAUGGGUCGCCCUGCACGAAGCUACCCCCGUCGAGUAUAUUAUUUAAGCGCAGCUUUCGUUAAUUUAUUUCCGCAGUUUGUGGGAUGAGUGCGUCCGGCGAGAUCAUUUGGUCGGGUCACAAACCUCACUCGACCCACGGUCCCAACGCCCUCCCGCUCCGCUCCUUCCUCCGCUUUGGUUUUUUUUUUACUUUCGAAUGCGGUCAAGGGAGUGGGGCGAGACGGUGUUUUGAUAUCUCGUGAUUUUUACGCAUUCCUCCCCCCCCCGCUCGGAGGCAUUUUCGUGUGUAAUACUUUUUAGUGCCAGGUAAGUCGUUUGUCUACACUGUCAAAAUAAAUUGAAUAAACGAUGUAUGAGAUAUGUGA